AGGAAAAUACUGCUGUGGCGCUACAUCUGGAAUACAGAAGUCGCGGUUAGAGGAAUCCAUAGUAGGAUCCCAUAGUAAAGGCUGCUUGGCCGUUUUCCUCCCGCUUUCUCUUCUUUUCGAGGAUUCCCUUUCUACCACUUGUUGCUCUGUCGACACAACCAUGCUGGUCGUUCUGGUUGGAAUUGUCAUCUUGCAUCUCACAGAAAUUAUUAUUCUUAUAAUUUCUACGUCCGUGAACGCCUGGAGAAUGGCUGGGGCCAGAAGUUAUGACCUGUGGUAUGAUUGCCAGACAAUCAAUGGAGGAUAUAACUGCCUAGGUGCCCAUGAUGCAGACUGGCUGCAGGCAGUGCAGGCUCUGAUGGUACUGGCCACCCUCUUCUGCAUGCUCUCCUUCAUCUUCUUCCUGUGCCAGCUCUUCACCCUUGCCAAGGGUGGUCGAUUCCUCUUCACUGCCGUCUUCCAGGUCCUCUCCAGUCUCUUCGUAAUGAGUGGAGCAAUAAUCUACACAGUGAUGAGUCCAGAUGAGCACAAUGCUGAACACUCGUACGGCUACGCCUUUGUGCUGGCCUGGCUGGCGUUCCCUCUCACUCUGAUUAGUGGUUUCAUCUACAUCAUUCUGAGGAAGAAGGAAUGAGGGCUGGGCAGAGGCUCCUCCCAUGUAAUCACUGAGAAUCAUGCUCAGUCCACAGACUCAAAUGGCCUUCUCCUCCCGGCCUGCGUAUUAAUGUCAAAUGUGAUCAAGGAAAGUAACAAGUCGUGAAGCUCCUAGAGGAUGAUAUGCCAAACUGUCUGUGGCUUGUGAUUCUAUUUAUGUCACUUUUACAUAGCUUUUGUAAAUAUGAAUGUUGAAAUGUUGUCAAUGAAGGCCCCACAUUUCGAUGCUGACCACAAGGGAGAGAAAUGGAGGACGAGUAUACAUCAUCUUUUAUGCUUGUGUUGUGUUUUACCCAGUAUCUCAUAUCUAGAAGUAUGCUCUCAAAGGGAAUUUGUUUGUUGAUGACUUGAAAUUGUACUUAUUUCUGUGUGAUAAACCAAAAAAGAACUUUUGUUAUAUAUAUUUUUUUCAUUCUUUAAAUGAUGAAAUGGUGCUAUGUUUUUGCCUCCACUAGAUUUAAUCGCUAGACUUAACUAUAGACUCAGUGUCUGUGAAAUUGAGCAGAAUUAUUUUAUAUUGUGUAUUAUACCUGUGCCCAAAUAUCCUUUUAAAAGCCAGUAUUUUCUUUCUGUAUUCCUUUUUUAAUAAGGCAAAAAUAAAUAAUAUCUAAUUUUCCUCCA